CGGCGGCGCGCGGCACGGCGGGAACAUGGCGCGCGGGAGCGGCGCGCGCUCCUAGCUGACUGGACCGUUAGCUCGAGGCAGACGCGGCCCGGGCCCCGUGGGGAUGGAGCAGUCGCCUUCGCCGGUGUCCGAACCGAUUUCGGGGACCACCCCGGCCCGGAGCCGCAGACGGCGGGAGUCCGAGUCUCCACCCGCGCCGAUUCCUCUCUUUGGUGCUAAGACUAUUGGCCGGAGAAGUCCCGAUGGGCCAGCGCUGAGUAAAGCUGAAUUUGUGGAGAAGGUUCGUCAGAGUAACCAGGCCUGCCAUGAUGGAGAUUUCCACACAGCUAUUGUUUUGUAUAAUGAAGCCCUUGCUGUUGACCCUCAGAACUGCAUCUUAUACAGCAACAGAUCUGCAGCCUACAUGAAAAUCCAACAGUAUGACAACGCGCUGAACGAUGCGAUCAAAGCCCGGCUACUCAACCCCAAAUGGCCAAAGGCAUACUUCCGACAGGGUGUUGCCCUCCAGUACCUCGGGCGUCAUGCCGAUGCGCUGGCAGCCUUUGCCUCCGGCCUGGCCCAAGACCCCAAGAGUCUCCAGCUUCUGGUGGGGAUGGUAGAAGCUGCCAUGAAAUCUCCCAUGAGAGACUCCCUCGAGCCCACGUAUCAGCAACUUCAGAAAAUGAAACUGGACAAGAGUCCCUUUGUGGUCGUGUCUGUGGUCGGGCAGGAACUCCUGACAGCUGGCCAUCAUGGGGCGUCUGUGGUCGUCUUAGAAGCUGCUCUGAAGAUUGGCACCUGCAGUCUCAAGCUGAGAGGUUCCGUUUUCUCUGCCCUGAGCAGCGCUUACUGGUCUCUCGGCAACACAGAGAAGAGCACUGGAUAUAUGCAGCAGGACUUGGACGUAGCCAAGACCUUAGGUGACCAAACCGGAGAAUGCCGGGCUCACGGCAAUCUGGGCUCUGCAUUCUUCUCCAAAGGGAAUUACCGCGAGGCUCUCACUAACCACAGGCGUCAACUGGUGCUCGCCAUGAAACUCAAGGACCGGGAGGCAGCUUCGUCAGCCCUGAGUAGUCUGGGCCAUGUGUACACAGCCAUUGGAGACUACCCCAACGCCCUGGCCAGUCACAAACAGUGUGUGCUUCUUGCCAAGCAGUCCAAAGACGAACUCUCUGAAGCCCGAGAGCUUGGCAACAUGGGAGCUGUGUACAUUGCCAUGGGUGACUUUGAGAAUGCCGUGCAGUGCCACGAGCAACAUCUGAAGAUAGCAAAGGACCUGGGAAACAAGAGAGAGGAGGCCCGGGCCUACAGCAACCUGGGGAGUGCCUAUCACUACCGGAGGAACUUUGACAAGGCCAUGUCCUACCACAACUACGUGCUGGAGCUGGCGCAGGAGUUGAUGGAGAAGGCUAUCGAGAUGCGGGCCUACGCUGGCCUAGGCCACGCUGCCAGGUGCAUGCAGGAUUUGGAAAGGGCCAAACAGUACCACGAGCAGCAGCUAAGCAUCGCCGAGGAUCUCAAAGACCGUGCUGCAGAGGGGCGAGCGUCAUCCAAUCUAGGGAUCAUCCACCAGAUGAAAGGUGAUUACGACACUGCACUGAAACUCCACAAGACGCAUCUGUGCAUCGCCCAGGAGCUGAGCGACUAUGCAGCCCAGGGCCGCGCCUAUGGGAACAUGGGCAAUGCUUACAACGCCCUGGGCAUGUACGACCAGGCGGUCAAGUACCACCGGCAGGAGCUGCAGAUCUCCAUGGAAGUGAAUGACCGCGCCUCGCAGGCCUCCACCCACGGGAACCUGGCUGUGGCCUACCAGGCCCUAGGUGCUCAUGACCGAGCCCUGCAGCACUAUCAGAACCACCUGAACAUCGCCCGGGAGCUGCGAGACAUCCAGAGCGAGGCCCGGGCCCUCAGCAACCUGGGCAACUUCCACUGCUCCCGGGGCGAGUACGUGCAGGCUGCACCCUAUUACGAGCAGUACCUCCGCCUUGCUCCCGACCUCCAGGACAUGGAGGGCGAAGGGAAGGUCUGCCACAACCUUGGCUACGCCCAUUACUGCCUUGGCAAUUACCAGGAAGCCGUGAAAUACUACGAACAGGACCUGGCACUGGCCAAAGACCUCCACGACAAGCUGAGUCAAGCAAAAGCCUACUGCAACUUGGGCCUCGCGUUUAAGGCUCUGCUGAAUUUCAGCAAAGCCGAAGAGUGUCAGAAGUACCUACUGUCUCUUGCCCAGUCCUUGAAUAAUUCCCAGGCGAAAUUUCGAGCUCUGGGGAACCUGGGUGAUAUAUUUAUCUGUAAAAAAGAUAUAAAUGGUGCAAUAAAAUUCUAUGAGCAGCAGCUGGGCUUAGCUCACCACGUGAAGGACAGGAGACUGGAGGCCAGUGCCUAUGCAGCGCUGGGCACCGCGUACCGGAUGAUCCAGAAGCACGACAAGGCCUUGGGCUAUCACACCCAGGAGCUGGAGGUGUAUCAGGAGCUGAGUGACUUGCCAGGGGAGUGCAGAGCUCACGGGCACCUGGCUGCUGUCUACAUGGCCCUGGGGAAAUACACGAUGGCCUUCAAGUGUUACGAAGAGCAGCUGGAGCUGGGACAGAAGCUCAGAGAUCCGAGCCUAGAAGCCCAGGUCUACGGGAACAUGGGCAUCACAAAGAUGAACAUGAACGUGAUGGAGGAAGCCAUCGGCUACUUCGAGCAGCAGCUGGCCAUGCUGCAACAGCUCAGCGGAAAUGAGUCCGUGCUAGACCGAGGCCGGGCUUACGGCAACCUGGGGGAUUGCUACGAGGCCCUGGGCGACUAUGAGGAAGCUAUCAAGUACUACGAGCAGUAUUUAUCUGUUGCCCAGAGUCUGAAUCGUAUGCAAGACCAAGCCAAGGCUUACCGCGGCCUAGGAAACGGACACAGGGCAAUGGGGAGCUUGCAGCAAGCCCUAGUGUGCUUCGAAAAGAGGCUCGUGGUUGCCCAUGAACUUGGGGAGGCCUUCAAUAAAGCCCAGGCCUACGGAGAGCUGGGCAGUCUGCACAGCCAAUUAGGGAAUUACGAACAAGCCAUCUCCUGCCUGGAGCGCCAGCUGAACAUCGCGCGUGAGAUGAAAGACCGAGCCCUGGAGAGCGACGCGGCCUGUGGCCUGGGGGGCGUCUACCAGCAGAUGGGGGAGUAUGACACGGCCCUGCAGUACCACCAGCUGGAUCUGCAGAUAGCCGAAGAGACCAACAACCCCACGUGCCAGGGCCGAGCCUACGGGAACCUGGGCCUGACCUACGAAUCCCUGGGCACCUUUGAGAGGGCUGUGGUGUACCAAGAGCAGCACUUGAGUAUCGCCGCCCAGAUGAACGACCUGGUGGCCAAGACGGUAUCGUAUAGCAGCCUUGGAAGGACCCAUCAUGCCCUGCAGAACUAUUCCCAGGCCGUCAUGUACCUGCAGGAAGGUUUAAGGUUAGCCGAGCAACUAGGCCGAAGAGAAGAUGAGGCCAAAAUCCGCCACGGUCUCGGCCUCUCCCUUUGGGCGAGUGGAAACCUGGAGGAGGCCCAACAUCAGCUCUACCGGGCAUCGGCCUUGUUUGAAACCAUCCGGCACGAGGCACAGCUGAGCACCGACUACAAGCUCUCCCUGUUUGACCUGCAGACGUCAUCCUACCAGGCCUUGCAGCGAGUGCUCGUCAGCCUAGGCCACCACGAUGAAGCCCUGGCAGUGGCGGAAAGAGGACGAACGAGGGCAUUUGCCGAUCUUCUGGUGGAACGCCAAACGGGACAACAAGACUCUGACCCCUACUCCCCAGUCACCAUCGAUCAGAUCUUGGAGAUGGUCAACAGCCAGAGGGGCCUGGUGCUGUACUAUUCCCUGGCCGCAGGCUACCUGUACAGCUGGUUGCUCGCUCCCGGGGCAGGAAUUCUGAAGUUUCACGAACACUACCUGGGGGACAGCGCAGUAGAGCACCCCGGGGACUUUCAGGCCGGCAGCAGCGCCACCCUGCCUGUGGCCACCAGCUCAGCCCUGGAGCAGCACAUCGCCAGCGUCCGGGAGGCCCUGGGGGUGGAGCCUCACUACUCCAGAGGCUGUGCCAGCAGUGAGACGGAGAGCGAGGCUGGGGACAUCAUGGAGCAGCAGCUAGAGGAAAUGAACAGCAAGCUGAACUCGGUCACCGACCCCACAGGCUUCCUGCGCAUGGUUCGUCGCAACAACCUCUUCAACAGGAGCUGCCAGAGCGUGACCAGCCUGUUCAGCACGGCAUCGCCCACCAAGGAUGGCACCUCAUCUCUCCCUAGGAGACAGAGCUCGCUGGCCAAGCCCCCGCUGCGGGCCCUGUACGACCUGCUCAUAGCGCCCAUGGAAGGGGGCCUGAUGCACUCAAGCGGCCCCGUGGGUCGGCACCGGCAGCUGGUCCUGGUGCUGGAGGGGGAGCUCUACCUCAUCCCCUUCGCCCUGCUCAAGGGAAGCUCCUCCAACGAGUACCUCUACGAGCGCUUCGCCCUCAUCGCCGUGCCCGCCAUCCGCUCGCUGGGCACACACGCCAAGUCUCAGCUGAGGAAGACCUCGCCCACGUACUCCAGCUCCACCUCCAUGGCAGCCGUCGUCGGCAACCCCAAGCUGCCGUCGGCGGUGAUGGACAGGUGGCUGUGGGGGCCCAUGCCGUCGGCCGAGGAGGAGGCCUACAUGGUGUCGGAGCUGCUGGGCUGCCAGCCUCUGGUGGGCAGUGUGGCCACCAAGGAGAGGGUAAUGAGCGCCCUGACCCAGGCCGAGUGCGUGCACUUCGCCACCCACAUCUCUUGGAAGCUGUCUGCCUUGGUCCUCACGCCCAGCGCAGACGGCAACCCCGCCGGCAGCAAGAGCUCCUUCGGACACCCCUACACCAUCCCUGAGUCUCUGCGGGUCCAGGACGACGCCAGCGACGCCGAGAGCAUCUCGGACUGCCCGCCCCUGCAGGAGCUGCUGCUCACCGCGGCCGACGUCCUGGACCUGCGGUUGCCCGUCAAGCUGGUGGUGCUCGGCUCCUCCCAGGAGUCCAACAGCAAAGUCACGGCCGACGGGGUCGUGGCGCUGACCCGCGCCUUCCUAGCUGCCGGUGCGCAGUGUGUGCUGGUGUCCUUGUGGCCGGUACCCGUGGCCGCAUCCAAGAUGUUCAUCCACGCCUUCUACUCGUCCCUGCUGAGCGGCCUCAAGGCCAGCGCCGCCCUGGGCGAGGCCAUGAAAGCAGUGCAGAGCAGCAAGGCCUUCUCGCACCCCUCGCACUGGGCAGGGUUUCUGCUCAUCGGGAAUGAUGUCAAGCUCAACAGUCCCUCGUCCAUCAUCGGCCAGGCCCUCACGGAGAUCCUGCAGCACCCAGAGCGAGCGCGGGACGCCCUGCGUGUGCUGCUGCACCUGGUGGAGAAGUCCCUACAGCGCAUCCAGAACGGGCAGCGCAACGCCAUGUACACGUCCCAGCAGAGCGUGGAGAACAAAGUGGGUGGCAUCCCUGGCUGGCAGGCCCUGCUCACUGCUGUGGGCUUCCGCCUGGACCCCCCGGCCAGUGGGCUGCCAGCGGCCGUCUUCUUCCCCACCGCUGACCCAGGAGACCGGCUCCAGCAGUGCAGCAGCACCCUGCAGUCUCUGCUGGGUCUACCCAACCCUGCCCUCCAAGCCCUGUGCAAGCUCAUCACAGCGUCAGAGACUGGCGAACAGCUCAUCAGCCGGGCUGUUAAAAAUAUGGUGGGAAUGCUCCAUCAGGUGCUGGUGCAGCUCCAGGCCAGCGAGAAGGAGCAGGACUUCGCCGCAGCGCCCAUCCAGGUCUCCAUCAGCGUGCAGCUGUGGCGGCUCCCUGGCUGCCACGAGUUCCUGGCGGCUCUGGGUUUUGAUCUCUGCGAGGUCGGUCAGGAGGAGGUCAUCCUGAAGACCGGGAAGCAGGCCAGCCGGCGCGCCAUGCACUUUGCACUGCAGGCCCUGCUCGCGCUCUUCGAUUCCACAGAGCUGCCCAAGCGCCUCAGCCUGGACAGCUCCUCCUCGCUGGAGUCCCUGGCCUCUGCACAGUCCGUCUCCAAUGCUCUGCCCGCGGGCUUCCAGCACCCACCCUUCUCCCCCACGGGUGUGGACAGCGUGGCCUCUGACGCCAUCUCCGUGUACAGCCUCAGCUCCAUUGCCUCCUCCAUGAGCUUCGUCUCCAAGCCCGAGGUGGGGCUGGAAGGUGGGGGCCCCAGGGCGCGGCAAGACUACGAGCGGGCCAAGAACACCGCCCCGCAGCGGGCCACCCUGCCCACCCAGAGCCGCCCCGCGGGCCACAGGGAAGAAGAAGAAUACGAGGGCUUCUCCAUCAUCAGCACUGAGCCCCUGGCCUACCCCGAGAGCAGGAAGAGCCGCUUCUCACCGGACCCCAAGGUCCCACGGGGUGGGCCCAAGGCCUCCGUGAGCUCCCGGGGGAGUGUCAGCACCCCCAACUCCCCAGUAAAGAUGACACUCAUUCCCAGCCCCAACUCCCCCUUCCAAAAGGUGGGGAAGCUGGCGAGUUCCGACACGGGGGAGUCGGACCAGUCCAGCACCGAGACAGACAGCACCGUGAAGUCCCAGGAGGAGAGCGAGCCCAAGCUUGAGCCGCAGGAGCUGGCCCAGAAGAUCCUGGAGGAGACGCAGAGCCACCUCCUGGCCGUGGAACGGCUGCAGCGCAGUGGCCAGGCCACCAAAGGCCCCGGCCCUGAGGACGUGCGCCCAGUGCCCAGUGGCUGCGUCUUCAGGGCAUCCGAGACGAGUGCCUUCAGCAGGCCCGUCCUGUCCCACCAGAAGAGCCAGGCCUCACCAGUGCCCGUGAGACCAAAGCCCCCCACCCGGAGCUCGUCCCUCCCCAAGGUGGGCUCCGGCUGCAGCAGCCCCACGGCCUCGGAGACGUCCGCCAAGGACAGCCCGAGCCAGCACGGCGACCGCCCCUCUCCUGACCAGCCACUCUUCAAGCUCAAGUACCCCAGUUCGCCCUACAGUGGGCACAUCUCCAAGUCACCAAGGAACCUGUCCCCCAGCUCGGGUCACCAGUCACCCGCGGGCAGCGCCCCAUCCCCAGCACUCUCCUACUCCUCGGCUGGCUCCGCACGCUCGAGCCCGGCUGAUGCGCCAGACCUAGACAAGCUGAAGAUGGCCGCCAUCGAUGAGAAGGUGCAGGCUGUCCACAACCUCAAGAUGUUCUGGCAGAGCACACCCCAGCACCCGCCAGGGCCCAUGAAGCUCUUCCGGGGCACCCCCGGCACCCUGACGUCCAAGAGGGACGUCCUCAGCCUGCUGAACCUGUCCCCCCGACACAACAAGAAGGAGGAGGGGGUGGACAGGCUGGAGCUGCAGGAGCUGUCGGCGCCACAGCAGGCACCCCCCAACGGACACUGGCGCCCUGAGACUGUGGGCCCUGCCAGCGUCGCACCUGCGCGCCCUCUGAGACUCCCCUCCGGAAACGGCUACAAGUUCCUGUCCCCGGGCAGGUUCUUCCCCUCCUCCAAGUGCUAG